GCCACGACGGGUCGACGGCUGCCGCCGCCCUUCGCCGUCGGGCCACGACCAUCCCACCAGGAGCUCUUCUCCAUCUACCAUGUGCUGGGAAAUGCGGCCGCAGCUCGGCACGACGCGGCGCGCCAUCUGGAGCAGCUGGCCCGUCCUACGUUCCCACCACGAGCUGCCCCCCACAUCUUCUUCCCACUCCGCGAACAAGGUCGCCAUGGCCGCCGCCUCGCCGCCACCGGCCGAGAGGAAGAGGGGCACGGUCAUCGUCAUCUCGGGCCCGACCGGCGCCGGGAAGAGCCGGCUCGCGCUGGAGGUGGCCAGGCGGCUCGGGGGCGAGAUCAUCAGCGCCGACUCCGUCCAGGUCUACCGCGGCCUCGACGUCGGCUCCGCCAAGCCGUCCGCCGCGGAGAUGGCCGCGGUGCCGCACCACCUCAUCGACAUCCUCGACGCCACCGACGACUACUCGGCCGGGGCAUUCUUCCGGGAUGCCCGCAGAGCGACGCGGGAUGUGCUUGGCAGGGGCCGCGUGCCCGUCGUCGCGGGAGGGACCGGGCUCUACCUGCGGUGGUACAUCUACGGCAAGCCGGAUGUUCCGCGGUCCUCCAUGGACACCACUUCGGCCGUGUGGUCUGAGCUCGUCAGUUUCAGGGAGAGCGGCCAGUGGGAGGAAGCGGUCGAGCUGGUGGUCCAGGCCGGUGACCCCAAAGCUCUCGACUUGUCUGUCAAUAACUGGAACAGGUUGAGCCGCAGGCUCGAGAUUAUCAGGUCAUCAGGUUCCCCUCCGUCUGCCUUCGCCUUACCGUACAAUUCAUUUCAUGGACAUCAUGCUCAUGCGGAGCUAACCGAGGUCUCUGCUGACGGAAACUGUGAAGCCGGGAAACUGGAUUACGACUUCUUAUGUAUUUUCCUUGCAAGUUCGCGCGUUGAGCUGUACCGGUCGAUCGAUCUGAGGUGUGAAGAGAUGCUGGCUGACACGGGAGGCUUACUUUCAGAAGCCUCGUGGCUGCUUGAUAUCGGUCUGCAUCCGCAUAUCAACUCUGCAACUCGCGCCAUCGGUUACAAGCAAGCCAUGGAGUACCUGCUGCAAUGUAGGGAGAAUGGAGGCGAGAGCACCCCGCAGGAGUUCCUCCAGUUCCUGGCCAAAUUUAAGAGCACAUCUAGGAACUUCGCAAAGAGGCAGAUCACCUGGUUCCGCAAUGAGAUGAUCUACCAGUGGGUCGAUGCUUCGCAGCCCUUCGAGGAACUUGUUCGGUUUAUUUGUGAUGCCUACCAUGACCGUGGUGCAAGGGUGGUUCCUGAAUCGCUUGAAAUGAAAAGGGAAAGUUGCAUGCACAAAGCCCGUGAUCUCAAAACCUAUCGCUCAGAGAACAGGGUGUUCUGUGGGGAUGACGACUGCUCUCAUAUUUUGGAUUGGAUUAGGAGAACACAGCGGAGAUAAGGUCUAGUUCUACACUCUUGUCAUGAUUUUUUUUCCCCAACUUGAAAUUGUCCUGCUUUUGGGUGUUGACCAAUUAGCAAAUGAUUUUUUAGGGCAAUACAUAGAUAGUCCAGGAAUUUAGUUUAUAGGUUUGAACUCUGUUUUUCAUCAUAGUGCAAAUGCCUUGGCAAAGUGCCACAUUGGAAUGAAAAUUCAGGUUGCUUCUUUGGCAUCUCCCUCUUUGAACUUUGUAGGGAGCUUGGAUGCUAUUUUCUGGGGAGCACUGGAUUUUGUUAAUUUUUUUAGCUGGAAUUGAAUGGCAUACUUUGCGAAAUUGAAAUGAGAUGUUUUGAGGACUAUCCGUUUUAUUCGAAAUGAACUGAUACGUAUUUGGUCAUCUGUUUGGUACUGGUUAAAAGAAGGAAUAUAAAAUCCAAACUGGUGGAGGUUUCAGGUUGGUUUCAGCUGGCUUCGAAAUGGAUGGAAAAGGUUUGUUGAGCAAUCACUUUGAGGUUGUCUGAUACAUAUUGUUGCGGAGCAACCUAACACAUAUCAGACUGAUGUACCUUUUUCUUUGGGCUUAUGCUUGAUAUAUGAUCCCAAUCAUGUAGUUCCACUAAAUUAACUAGGUGAUGCAACCGUUUAAUCUUA